AAAAACUUUAUAACCACCCAAAGAUUCAUCAUAGAUAUUGAGAAAGAAAAAAAAUUCCUAAAAACAAAAACACUAAAGUUAAAGAUAGAAGAGAUGAAGCAACAACAUUACUUAGUCGUUUUCUUGAUCGUCCUUUUCACCUUUCUCCUGUUUGUGAAUACUAGAUCAGGAAGAUCAGGAGGAAGAGAUGGAGUUGCAGAGGAAUACUGGAAGAAGAUGAUGAAGAAUGAACCGUUGCCUGAACCAAUCAAAGAGCUUCUUAAGAAUCCGUUUAGGACAGCACAAGAGAUGUUCAUCCAAGAUUUCAACACCAAAUCUGUUGUCCUCAUCUACCACAAUCCUCAUGAAUAACUUAGAUUAAGUAUCUCUCAUAUAUUAAAGUUAUACAUACAUGGCUCUGUGUUUAUAUGUAUUGCAAGGACAAGGUUGCACAUGCAUGUGAAUGUGUGGUUUAUUUGGUAAAUAACGGCUGGAUUGAGUUUGAUACACUUAAAACAAAUUAACAUAUACUCUGUUUAGUGCAGAAAUGUUAACCCUAGCUAUAAGUGAUUUUCUUUUUCCAUUUAUGUGCGAGUCUUUUUGUGGGAAAAAUAGAUUUGUUUCAUGUUGUUUUGAUAUAUAAAUUAAUAUAAGGUGCUUUGUGUUUUUUUUUCUUAA